AUGAAAAAAGAAGAGGGCAAAGAAGAGAUUUUAGAGAACACAGCUGGGAUUUCAGGGAAGGAGAGAGCUAAGUUGCAUAGAGAAAGGAAGAAGAAAUAUUAUCAGAGUCUUGAGAAAGAGAAUGCAGUCAUGAAGGUAGAGAUAAAAGAACUGAAGGAGAGACUUGAGGUGUAUGAGAAAGAGACUUUGAGACCGAAGAGUAUUCAGAAUGAUGACUUGGUUGAUAGGAUUAGUAUGGUUUCGAGGCUGAGUCAGUCUGAGACAGCCAAGCUUGAGAAAUUACAUAAAGAAGACCAAUAUGCACUGAAGUCUCUGCCUAAAAUGUACAGGAAGGAUGAAAGUACUGUGAAAUAUUCUUCAAUCGAGAAUACUAAAGAUACAAGAGGAGCUUUUGGAAGUGAGAGAGUGGAGUUGUUGAGAGAACUAUUCAAAAGCUUUCUAGAAAAUAUUUUACCAUAUGAAAGUAAAGGAGCUAUCUAUCUCUUUGAUCAUAUCCCAAUGGCUCGAAUUUUAAGAGCAAUGAAACAUGAUCGAAACAAAUUUGCUAACGGAGAGAAGAUUACUGGCAACAAGAUUGUGGAUAAGAUCUUGAACACAAAGAUGUCUAAAAAUCUUGCCCAAUUUAUGAAGAAUCAUGGAAAACGCUUGCAAAAAUUGAACCAUGAAAUUCGUCGCUUGGUAAAAUCUUUGGUGAAGGCCAGAAACAGAUUAUUUAACAGUCUUCAGACACUACAUAAUUUUAGAAUAGACUUAAAAACUGCUGAGGAAAUGUGCUUUGAGAAGGAAGACCAAAUCAAAAUAUUUGAGAUGUUCAGUGAGCUCGAGAGAGAAGGAUGCUUUGACAUCCAUACUAUCUGGCAACUCCAGAAACGGCAAGGAGAAGAAUACCGUGAUGAAGCUGAACUCUCAGAGUAA